AUGUCCUCCUUGACCUAUUCAGAGACUGACGCGUCCGAAGCCGAGGCCAAGCACCUCGUGCUGCGCCAGAUCGCCAAGGAUGUCACCGUCCGUCUCUCCGAGCCGCUGCGCGUCGCCGAAUCCAAGCAGCACACCAACCUGCUCGCGGUCUCGGACGUCAACGGCCUCGUCUUUGCCGCCACCAACACCGGCUUUUCGGUCAUCCGGACGUCGGAUCUGAGGAGCUUCUUUGCUGCAGCUGCACGCAACACCUCGCCCGCGUUCGACAAGUCGUUGCGAUUCAUCGACACCGUCGCUGCCGCGUGCAUCGCAUCGCUGCCCACCUUCAUUCGCUCCGCCGACAAUCACGCGACCGUUCUUGUCGGCUUUCAGAAUGGCAUCAUUGCAGCAUGGGCCGUCACCGGUCUAGUCGAGGGCGCCAAGCUGGAUCCCCUCUUUGUCCUGCAGCCGCCCUCGCCCAACCUGCCGCUGAUCGACCUCGUCCCCAACCCUUCAGACCGACCCGAACUUGCUGUCGCCCUCUACCGCCAAGACGGCACGCCCGGCGUUGAGUCGGGCACGCCCAUCAUGGUCGAUGUGCGCUCGGGCUCCUUCGGUGCUCAGCUCAGUGCCACCGGCUCGCGUGCCACAGCCGUCUGCUGGUCUGUCAAGGGCAAGCAGAUUGCCGUCGGUCUCGAGUCUGGCGAGAUUGUUCAAGUCACGCCAGAAGGAGAGCCCAAGGAUCGCAUCGCCAAGCCCGAAUCGCUCCCAGGGCAAUACUUCAUCUCGGACCUCCGAUGGCUCGAGAACCACGUCUUCAUCGCUACCUACAACCUGCCUUCCUCCGGCUCGCCCGACGACGACCCCGAGCACUCGUACGAAGUCUACACCGUUCUCAGGGAUGCCAAGGCAGGAAAGAUCACAUUCGCAAAGAUGCCCAUGGAUCCCGCACCGCCAUACGGAGACACUGCACGUUCGGGCACGCGCUACGCCGCAUGGCUCAAAGCAUGGGAUCCUUCUAAACAUCUCGUCUUUGUCGCUAGCGGCCCGAGCACAGACGUCGGUCUUAUCUCGUGCUCAGCAACUGAAAGCGGACCCGCAGCAUGGGCAACGGUUGAGCUCGAAGAGACGUCCAAGCCGAUCCUGCCCUUCUCCUCGGUCGACCAGUCGUCCGACACCGCACCCGUGGCAAUCGACUUUGACCUGACCUCGGCAGACGAGGUCGACGAUCCCAAUGCAGUCGCCCGGGGUGAUGGUAACACCAAGCUGCCUUCCGUUCCGAUCCUCUACGUCUACACGUCCGACGGCGUCUUGCUCGCAUACAAUGUCAUCAACACCCAAGGGCCCUUCCACGGAAUGGUGACGCCUUCCGCAAUUCCAGUCGCCCAGUCUUCCUCCCAAGCUCCAGCAGCAUCCGCUUCCGCCACAAAUACGGCAGCAUCAGCGGCUACUCCAGCCGCCGCGCCGGCCACUCAGCCGAGCACACCUGCCUCCGCCUUCGGAUCUGCCUCACCAUUUGGCCAGCCGUCGGCCUUUGGACAGUCUUCGGCUUUCGGCGCCAAGCCAGCAUUUGGGUCAACGACAUCUGCUUUCGGUCAGUCUUCGGCAUUCGGCCAAUCGUCUGCGUUUGCCUCGUCCUCUCCGAGCCCUUCGACCGGGUCGUCAGCCUUUGGCGCGCCUUCUAAGCCCUCCAGUGGAUUCGGCUUUGGUGCUUUCAGCGGAGGAGCUGGCUCAGGCAAACCGACGUCGGCAUUUGGUUCAACGGGCUUUGGCUUCGGAUCGGAUCAGUCGACGAACAAGGAUAGCUCUGCUCCUCCGACCAAGUCCGCUACUUCCACUCCAGCAUCGACGGCACCAGCCCCCGUCAGCGCGUUCGGUGCCAAGCCUGCUGCAUCCGCGUUUGGAACCGCGGCGGCGAGUCCCGCCCAGCCUUCCACGCCGUCCACCCCUGCUUCUGCCUUUGGAUCGACGUCCGCGUUCGGAUCGACGUCGGCGUUCGGCCAGACCCCCGCCAAGCCUGCUUUUGGUCAGUCCGCCGGGUUCGGCUCCACUUCAGCUUUCGGCACUGCGCCUGCAUUCGGCUCGACAACGUCUCCUUUUGCAUCUGCCAAGGCUAGCACGCCCUCUCAGGCUAGCCCGGGUUCGGCGUUCGGCGCGUUCAGCACUCCUUCUGCUGCCAAGGAUGCCAGCUCCACCUCCGUUGGCUCUGGCUUCGGCGGUUUCGCUGCCAAGGCACCAAGCGCUUUUGGGUCAACCUCGAGCCCUUCCGCAGGCUCCGUCUUCGGCAGCGGCGGCAAGCUCGAGACCAAGAGCGAGGGCACAUCAGGUAGUCUUUUUGGCUCCUCGGCCUCGACCGCGCCAAAGCCAACUGCUGCACCACCAUCCGCUUUCGGCUCGACUACCUCCGCUUUCGGGCAGGGAUCGUUCUCGGCCUUCGCCGCGAACAAGCAAGCAGAAGACAAGGGUGCUAAAAGCAAGGGUGCAGAUGCUUCGGACACCGGCAGCAAAGACUCGGGCAGCUUCUCUUUCGGCGGGAUGGGCGAUAUGUUCAGCAGCAACGAUUCGGCCCAAUCGUCAAAGAAGGAGUCGGUGCAGACGUCCAAGAAGGACGCGGGUGCACUGACGCCAGACUCGGGCGUCAACUCGACCGUCCAGACGCCCAAGAGCGAGACGGCAGCAAAGCCGUUCUCAUUCAACCCGUCCGGUACUUUCGGCAGCAACAGUGCGGCCGCCUCUCCGAGCAAAGACGCACAGGCUGCCAAGGCCACAUCGCCACCUCCGCCGGCCCCGGCCUUCAGCUCGCUCCAGCCAGGCUUCAAUGCCAGCGCCACAUUCGGCAGUCAGCCCUUUUCGUUUGGCAACCACAAGGCAAGUGCAAAUGCCUCUGCGCCGCCCACCACAUCGGGCUCCACCGCGACAGCAACGACGCAAGCAGACGUCGAGGGCAAGAACGGCGAGGCUCAGAAGAAGGAAUCGCAGCCAGCACAACCCAGCCCGUCUGCCACACAAACGCCAACUCAGGAGGCACAGGCUUCAUCCAGCAAAGCUGCAACGGAAGUUCCCAAGCCGACAUUCAGUUUCGCGCCAGCAUCAAAGGCUCCAGCACUCUCGACCAGCUCUCAGCAAGGUGAGCCCCAGAGCAAGCCUGCAGCGGCAGAGCCGUCGAAGCCCGCUUCGGCCUUCUCUUUCGGCAAUUCGCCCGCUCCCUCUCAAGCGGCACCUGCAGCAAAGCAGACUGGCUUUGGCGGCUUCGGUACGCCACCCACAUCAACUUCAGGGCAGGCCAAAGACGCUCCAGCUUUCUCCUUUGCCAACCUGGAUAAGCCGUCACCAGCUCCCACGUCGACUCCUACGACGCAGCCUGAAGCCAGCAAGCCUUCGGCAGCGCAGAGUCCUCUCUCCUUCGGCGGACCGGGCAGUCUGCCGGCGUCGACGCCGGCAAAGUCGACGCCCGCCACCACCGGCGCUUCAGGGGGCUCGUUCCUGGGCUUCAACUCUAGCGCGCCCCGCAGCAGCUCGCCACUGACGUCGGCGCCACUCAACAGCUCGGACGAGACGCCCGCCGGCUCGCCCGAAAAGCCAGCUGCGACGGCAAGCAAGCCCUUCUCGUUCCAGCAGGACAAGCCAAAGUCAGCUCAGGCGGGCUUCGGCUUCGGAUCUGGUGCAGGAUCGCCCUCGCCGUUCUCUCCGACCCCGACGCCCUUCUCCGGAUUCGGGCAGCCGAAGGCAGAGAAGCCGGAAGCUGCAAAGGCUGAAGCACCCGCCAAGUUAUCGGCGCCUUUCGGCUCUGCCCUCGCACCUUCGUUUGGCGGCUUUGGCUCGUCAGCAAAGCCCGCGGUGUCCCCUGCUCCGGGUCCUGCACCGACACCAGCGACGAAAGCAGCACCGCCCGCUCCCGCCGACAAGCCUGCCGAUGUGCGCUCCGGCAGCCCGCUGGUGGCGGGACGAGCGCCCCAGCUAUCUUCUUCGACCAAUGCGCAGCCGGCCAAGGUCGCAGAGAGCGGCAUUCAGGGCGAAUUCCUCAAAGCCUACCUCGUCUUGACUCAAGAGCUCGAGGUGCUUCGCAGCAACGUCGAGCAAUGCGCUUCUUUCCUUGCCGAUCUUCGCGAACCGACUCCGCUCCAGCACUCUGUCGAGGACUUUGGCGACAACACCAAGUGGUCGUUCGGUGACCUGCCCAAGAUGCUUGCCCUUGCCAAGUCGAUGCGCCCGCUGACGGAGCGCGUGGAGAACGAGGCUGCCGGCCACAAGCGCGCGGUCGCCGAGCUGCAGAGCAUGCAGCUCAAGGCCGAGGCGAAGCGCGAAGAGGUCGCGCGCUUCAUCCGCGCCCGCAGCGACCCCGAGUUUGCCAAAAUGAUCCGCAUCAGGCAGCUCGGGCCCGAGCACGUCGAGAACCAGACCAAGCUACGCAAAGCAAGCCAAAUCGUCCAGUCGCGCAUCGCCGAGCUCGAGGAAUACCUGGCUGCACUCAAGGAUAGGAUCCAGGCGGCAAAGACCGGCAGGGCCACCCUUAAAGCCCCGAGCUUGGACUCGAUCGCUCGAGCAUGCAGGAACAUCACGGCUCGUACAACGGCAGUCACACUCCAGCUCGACAACCUCGCGCUCGAGAUGGACCUCAUGCGGCCCGCUGAAGGUGACACGGAGCGCGACUUGCGUCGUUCGGAAUCGCGCGCAGUGUCGGUGCUGAGUGGCAUCCAAGACGGCGCAGCGCUCGGCGAUGUCAGCAGCUUGGUGAGGACGCUGCCUGCUGCAACGGCGGUACGAUCGGUGGAUCAGAUCGCACGCGCUGAGCAGGUCAAGAGCGAAAGCGUCGACGUCUUUGUCAAUGCUCGCAAGAUUCCCGUCCUCAACAAGCGGGCGGUGCCGACGACGCAGCAGGUCGGUCGCAAGACGACGACACCCAUGCAGGGGUCCGACCUCCAGAUCGCCUUUGCCAAGGGCCCCGUGCAUCUAGGUAGGCGGCCGCCUGCGCCGACCCCAGCUGCAGUACCGGCUCAGAUCGAGAAGCCGCCAAGCACACCACGUGCUGAUCAGUACGCGUCGGCCGGAAAGAAUGUGCCUGUGCCUGUGCUAUCGAAGCCUCCUGCGCCUGCAACCUCGACGCCGCCAGCUCGUCCUGCUGGGUCUCCUGCUCCGCCUGCGACGAGCACAGCCGCUGCUGCGCCUGGCGCAUCUGCACCAGCGACCUCUGCAUUCCCUGCUUCAGCCGCCAAGACGGACGGAACUCCCACACCCUUCACCCUGGCAGGAUUCGGCACGCCUGCCAACGCUGCUCCCAAGCCGGCGUCCACUCCUUUCGCUGGCUUCGGCAAGACGGCCUCUUCAGCUGCGCCUGCAGCUUCUGAGGCUGCGGGUUCGAAGCAGCCCUCGACGCCUCUCAAGUUUGCUGGCUUUGGAACGCCGCCUCCCACUCAUGCCGCGGCCGAGAAGCCCCCCGCCGCGUCGGCUCCUCUGAGUUUCGGCGGCUUCGGCACGCCGCCCGUCUCCCAGGGCGCGGGUCAAAAGCCACCGGCUGCAUCCGCUCUUCCGAGCUUCGGCGGCUUCGGCACGUCGCCUGCCACCCAAGGCGCGGCCGAGAAGCCUCCUGCUGCGUCUGCUCCUCUAAGUCUCAGCGGCUUCGGAAAGCCGCCUGUCUCUCAGGGCGAAGGUCAAGACAAACCGGCUGCAUCCGCUCCUUCGAGCUUUGGUGGCUUCGGGACACCGGCCGCUUCCCCUGCCAAGCCGACUCCUGCGCCGUUUGCCGGGUUUGGUAGGCCUGCUGCGGCCGAGACCACGGACAAGCCGGCGUUCGGCAGCGGUGCGCCGCUCAACUUCGGCAAGCUCAGCUCGGUGCCUGCGGGCAUGUUCGAUCUGCCCGCGCAGGAGGAUACGCCGUUCCAACCCGGAGCGCGCGCACCGAGUUCAAGCCCGAGCAGCAUCCGUGCUUCGCACUCGAGCAAGCCCAAAUCGCGCGGCAGUGCUGUCCAGCUCCCGCCCUCCGAGGGCACACAGGCAUCCAAGGACGUUGCAGGCGCAGCCAAGGCGGCCUCGGACUUCUUUGCUCUGCCUCUUCAGGCAAAGACGGAGGAAAAGAGUGCAGACAAGCCGGCGUUCAAGGGGUUCGGAUCGUUCGGCAGCGAGCCCGGCGAGGACAAGCAGGCCCCUGCUGCCAAGCCUAGCUUCAGCUUCGGCGACUUUGGCAAGAAGACCGAGAAUGCUCAGUCUGCACCGCCGUCCACCGACGCACCAAAGCCUGCAGCUACUGGCUUCAGCUUUGUUGAUCUGGGCAAGAAGACCGACAAGCCCGAAGCUGCUAAGGCAGACGACGCUGCGCCAGCCAAACCUGCCGCCGGCGCCUUCAGCUUCGGUGAUGUCGGCAAGAAGGUCGAGAGCAGUCAAUCCGCUCCUUCGGCUUCUGAGCCGGCAAAGCCUGCCUUCACCGGGUUCAGCUUCAGUGACUCUGGCAAGAAGACAGAGAAUGCGCAGGACAGAAAGCCCGAUGCUGCACCCGCAAAGCCUGCCUUCAGCGGCUUCAGCCUCAACCUCGACAAGAAGGCAGAGGAUGCGGGCGACGUCAAGAAGGAUCCUGCCUCGCCGAAGCCUGCCUCGACUGGAUUCAGCUUUGGAAGUGCCGGCAAAUCGACGGGGAGCACGCAGGACGCCAAGUCCGAUUCUGCGCUGGCCAAGUCUACUGCCGGAUUCAGCUUCGGGCAUGCCAGCAAGAAGGGCGAUGCCGCUGCCAAGCCGUACGCAGAGGCAGCGAAGCCAGCCACGGGCGGCUUCAGCUUUGGCGGUCUUGGCAAGAAGACUGGCGACAGUGCUUCUGAAGGGAGGAGUCCUACUGCGAGCGGCUUCAGCUUUGGCGACGCUGGUAAAGCGGCCGAUAAGGAGACAGCUACGUCCAGCACGCCAGCUACGACUGCGUCUGAGGCGCCCGCGCCCAAGCCUGCCAGCACGGGCUUCAGCUUUGCCCCCGCCGCGGCAAAGACACCGGCGAGGGAGGAGACGAAGCCCGCGGCGGAUGCCAAGGAUGCCGAGAGCAAGGUCAAGGCAGAAUCGAAUCCGUCCAACUUCUCGUUCUGCAAGCCGACCGAGCCAAGGAACACGCAGCCGCUCACGGCUCCCAAGGAACCGGAGCCGGCCAAGUCGCCCGCCGACAAGGACAGCGCAAAGAAAGACACGGAAAAGGCGGCUACGAGCGAGUCUGGAGCAGCGUCGUCCAAGGAAGCGGAGCCUGCUAAGACCGGCGCUACGACAUCGACCGUCCCGGCGUUCAGCUUUGCGCCGAGCAAGCUGAAUCCGUCGGCAUCGGCCGUAUCGGCGUUUGCGUUCAAGCCUUCUGGAUCGUCGUUUGGAUCGGGUGCGUUCUCGAAGCCCUCUGAUGCUGGAGUCAAGACGGCGGCGGCAUUCAGCUUUGUGCCGCAGCCGACUGCGAGUCCAGGCUCGGCGUUCGGGAGCGUGUCGAGCUUUGGCAUGGCGUCGUCGUCGCCCUCGACGCCCACGGCUCGGGACGAGGGUACGCCCAAGUCGGCGUUCAGCAUGAGCGGCUCUGGAUUCGGCGCGUUUGCAACGGGCAACAGGACGUCGCGGUUUGCAGCAGCUACGCCAGCCAAGUCCAAGCAGGAGGAUGAGGUGGACAAGGAGGCGACGCCGAGCGGCGCGGGUAACUCGCUGCUGGCUCGCAUGAGUGCGGCUGCCCCAGAUGAGGAGGAUGAGGAGGAUGAGGAGGAUGAGGAGGACUACGAUGACGAUGAUGAUGACGAAGAGGACUACGACGAUGAGGAGGAGGAGGAGGAGGGCGACGAGACCGGCUCGCUCGAGGAGAGCGGCGUGCGAGUCGAAAAGCCGGACGACUCGCAGCGCAGUGAUGACGAACCGGAAGCCGAAGACGACGGCAGCGAAGACGAAGACGAAGACGAGGAGGACGAGGAGGAAGGGCUUUCGGCAGUGGAGGAGGAGCCGGAAGAAGAAGAAAAGCAAGCUGCAGCACAAGAUGCCGCCAAGUAG